AGAGAGAGAUCAUGAAGAGUUAAAAGAUGCAGAGAGAUGCAGAGGGCAAGACAAUAACAAGAGUGAAGAAAACAGACAGAACGCAGUACAAAUUCAGCUCGUAAUAUUAGAAACACAGAAGAAGACAAGAGCAAGAGAGGAUUUUACUGCAAAACUGACCUGAGCAGGAUUAUAUUACACUGCACUGCUCACUCUCACAAACACACACACAGUUACGCAGAGGUGUGUGAUGCUGACAGCAAGUAGACAGCGUUAGUGCUUGUGCUGUUUUUGAGCAGAGGACGCAGUGUGUGUGUCUUUACUGUGCAUUAGAGUCUCAUAGAGUCAGGAGGAUGCUGGCUCUCUUCUGCUUAAUUUUACUGUCGGCACCUCUGAUGGAAGCAUGGAGAUCAUCACAGCCACGACUGCACUUCCAGCACUCAGAGCUGAUGCGCAGCGGCAGACUCGUGUCUCUCUCUAUGCCUGCUGGCGAUCUGAACUCUCUGCUGCCGGAUGAAGAUGGACGCCGCCUUUACAUCGGUAUGAAGGACCAUCUGCUGUCCACAAGUCUGGAUGAUAUUACUCAGAACCCCCACAAGAUAUACUGGCCUGCAAAUCCAGAUCGGAUCCAGGACUGUACAAUGGCUGGAAAAACCCUGCAGAUGGACUGUGCUAACUUCCUGCGUGUGUUAGAGCGGUAUAACCAAACACACCUUUAUGCCUGUGGGACUGGAGCGUUCAACCCUCGCUGUGCCUUCAUCCCUACCAACCUCUUCCUCAGGGCUGAGGAGCAAACGCUGCAGGAUGAAGACACUGAAUCAGGGAAGGGGAAAUGUCCUUUCGACCCUCACCAGAGGACAGCAACCGCCAUCAUUGACGGAGAGCUGUACGCAGGCAUCUCAUCGGACUUUUUAAGCCAUGAUACUGCUUUUAUUCGGAGUCUGGGGGAGCGACAUGUGAUUCGCACCGAACAAUAUGACUCUACAUGGCUGCAAGGCGCUGAAUUUGUGCAUGUUGCGGCGAUGUCAGAGAGUGAUAACGAGGAGGAUGAUAAGGUCUACGUGUUCUUCACUGAGCGCGCUCAGGAAGCAGAAGGGGCUGCUGGGAAGGUCUUGUAUUCCAGAGUGGCCCGCGUCUGUAAGAAUGAUAUUGGUGGUCAGCGUAGUUUGGUCAAUAAAUGGAGCACUUUUCAGAAAGCUCGUAUCGUUUGCGCUGUACCAGGACCUGAUGGCAUACAGACACACUUCGACAAACUCCAGGAUAUUUUCAUUCAGCGUGGAAGGGACAAAAAGAAUCCUCUUGUUUAUGGGCUCUUCACCACUACCAGCAAUGUGUUGAAUGGAUCUGCUGUGUGCGUUUACCGCAUGCAGGACAUUAUUAGAGCUUUUAAAGGAAACUUCCUUCACAGAGAGGGACAUCAGUUCAAGUGGACCGAGUACACAGGCAGAGUUCCCUAUCCCAGACCCGGCACAUGUCCCAGCAGCACAUAUGGAGGCUUCAGAUCCACGAGGGAAUAUCCAGAUGAUGUGAUCUUCUUCAGCCGCACACAUCCACUGAUGCAGGAGGUGGUUCGUCCUCUCGGUGGUCAGCCUUUGCUGAUCAGAGUGGGCGUCCCGUAUAAACUCACCCGUCUGCUUGUGGACAGAGUCGAGGCUGUUGAUGGACAGCAUGACGUGAUGUUCAUUGGCACAGAUUCUGGCCUGGUCCUGAAGGUUCUUUACCUCCCGAAAGCCAGCAGACAGAAUCAGGAGGUCACUCUGGAGCAGCUGCAGGUUUUUAAGCGCAAGUCAGCCAUCACUGCCAUGACGCUUUCCAAGAAAAAGCAGUGGUUGUUUGCUGGCUCAGCAGAAGGAGUGGUUCAGUUGGGUCUGUUCCAGUGUGAUUUGUACGGUCAGGCCUGUGCUGAAUGCUGUCUAGCUAGAGACCCAUACUGCACCUGGGAUGGCCACUCGUGCAGCCAGUAUAUGCCUACAGGACGCAGGAGAAACAUCCGCCAGGUUAAUGAUGACGGCAACCUGCUGAACCAGUGUGUCAGACAGGGAGCUGGUCUUCGGGUGGAGGCAGAGGAGAAAACAUUAGUUGUUGCCGUGGGCAACAGCACCUACCUGGAGUGUCUGCCCAAAUCUCACCAUGCCACCAUCACCUGGUAUAAAGACAUAGGAGAGAACAGCUUGGAGCAACAUAAGGUCACAUCUGGAGAACAGCUGGUGGUGAUAGACAGGGGCAUCCUAAUUCCCCGGGCAGAGCUCAAUCAUGCUGGUGUUUAUCACUGUCAGCUAGAGGAGCAUGGUUUCCGCUGGACUGCCGUUACUGUUCGUUUAACCGUGUGGAGCCCUGUCCUGCACCCCUCGCUUGGUGCCACCCAGCCAUGGUACCAGGACGUGAUGGCACUGAUCAACCACAGCAAACUAGAGCGACACUGUAAAGAACUCAGUCAAAGACACAACAGCAGAGAAUCUACCAACCACAGGGCAAAUAAACAAGACAGAAAGAGAGCAGAGCGCCACCGACACAGAGGAGGAGGAGGAGAGAAGAAGGAGAAAGGGAAGGGGAGGAAGCACCGCAGCCGAAUGCAGAGUUCAGCACAGAGGCUGCCCAGGAGCGCUUAAACCUGCUCCAAAUAACAAAUACAGCAAAACAUGCAAUAUACGGUAUAUAUACACACCCACACAAGACAUUUACAAUAUUGCACACUAUAUUAGUAGAUAUUUGCUCUGUUUCAACACUGAAUGAUGAGCAUGCAUACGGCCGCAUUUUAAAGCAUCAAGUUAAGUGAAAAAAUACAGCGGAAAACGUUAAAAAUCCUUAUCAUUCAUUCAUUCAUUCAUUUUCUUUUUGGCUUAGUCCCUUUAUUAAUCAGGGGUCACCACAGCAGGAUGAACCACCAACAUAUC